AUGGCCUGGACUAAGCGGGCCUGUCUGGACUUCACCAGUGGCAUAUGUAAGAAUCAUGGAUUCUGUGCUCUGUGUACAGCUCACAGGGCAGUCCAGGAGGAGAAACUGAUGGUUAGUAAGCAAACUGUUGGUGUCAGAGGUACCACCCCGGAGUUCUUCCUCCAAUAUCCUGCGAGAGUGACAUCCUCAAGUCACAGAGCUCGGGAAGACAGCUGGCUCAAGUCCUUAUUUGUCCGAAAGGUGGAUCCCAGGAAAGAUGCACACUCCAACCUCCUGGCCAAGAAGGAGACGAGCAGUCUGUACAAGUUACAGUUUCACAACGUUAAGCCGGAAUGUCUAGACGCAUACAACAAAAUUUGUCAAGAAGUGUUACCAAAGAUCCACGAAGGCAAGCAGUACCCUUGUACCUUGGUGGGGACAUGGAACACGUGGUAUGGCGAGCAGGAUCAAGCCGUCCACCUCUGGAGAUAUGAAGGAGGCUACCCAGCCCUCACAGAGGUCAUGAAUAAACUCAAAGAAAACCAGGAAUUUGUAAAUUUCCGUAAAGCCAGAAGUGACAUGCUUCUCUCCAGGAGGAAUCAGCUGUUGUUGGAGUUCAGUUUCUGGAAUGAGCCGGUGCCAAGAUCAGGACCCAAUAUAUACGAACUUAGGUCCUACCAACUUCGUCCAGGAACAAUGAUUGAAUGGGGCAAUUACUGGGCCCGUGCCAUUCGCUUUAGACAGGACAAUAAUGAGGCAGUUGGGGGAUUCUUCUCUCAAAUUGGGCAGCUAUAUAUGGUGCAUCAUCUUUGGGCUUAUAAAGAUCUUCAGACCAGGGAAGACAUACGGAACGCAGCAUGGCACAAGCAUGGCUGGGAGGAACUGGUGUACUACACGGUCCCGCUCAUCCAGGAAAUGGAGUCCAGAAUCAUGAUCCCGCUCAAGACCUCACCCCUCCAGUGAAGCUUCCAUGUGCCUACACGGAUUUCUGUGACGAAUAUAUGUCAUGAAUUCAUUUCAGUCACUCAUCAAGUGAAAAAAGAAACUGAGGUGUAAGCUGCUGUACAUAGCUUAUAAGAUCUCUUUUCUUUAAAAUUUAAAACCACCAAGGGAAAUCCGGGGAUUGAACUACGUAGGGCAUCGAUCUGCCUCAUCUCUGCUUACCAAACAUUACUUAAGCCUCUAGCCCUUCAGGAAAACAUGAUAAUUCAAAGCCGGGUGUGGUAGCUUAGCACUCAGGGAGCUGAGGCAGGAGAAUUACAGUAAGUCCUAGGUUAGUCUGGGCUACAUAGAGAGUUUCAUCUUGGACCCCUAGGCUUGCAUAGUGAGACCCUGUCUCAAAAACCAAAAUUAAAAUUUGAAUCAUCUGAGUGAAAUUCCAGCUCUGAAAAGAAUUAGCUAUUGCUUUCUAUUUUUAAAAAAUCUGUUUUACGUUUACAGAUCUCUACACAUUUUCUUCCUUCAGGAAGAAAUGCAAAUCACGUCAUGUUUCCCAAGCAGUUUUUCUGUGUCUCAGACUAGGAACAAAUUUUGAGUGUACCCAAUGGCUGGGAAUACUCUGAUUUUGUGACUUCUGGUCAGUCAGCAGGGCUGAGCAGUGCUUCACCCUGAGCUGAAAGGGUGGUCACAGUGCCCCGACCAGAAAUGCAGGCUCCAUCCACGAGGCACUGUGUCCUAAAGGGUUGGUAUGAACCAGUGCACCACACGAGAUUUGGGAAUAAACACCUCAAAUAGCUCUAAUUUUGUUUGUAAUAUUUUUCUAUAAAACAAGUAGCUCUUGGAAAAGAGGUUUUAUUUUGUAAGCCACCGUUUGUGACCUCUGACCUCUGGUUCUAUUUUGGUAAGCUCACAGAAGACACUUCCAUGACCUCGUAUGAAGGGCAGUGCACGCUGGGUCUGAGUUGGCAUAGUGCUUCAUAUUUUGUCUGUCUCCGUUUGGUUUUGUUUUUUAAUAUAGUGUGCCAAUUUGUGAGUGUCAUCAUGUGGGAGUCCCCUUGACCUGAAGAAUUAUGUCUGCCCUGCAAAUUGAUACAUGUAAAAUAAAGUAUGACUAAAUCUCCUA